AUGGCGAGGAAGACACUGCUCUUCGCCGUGUCUCUCUUGUCGGCAGUUGUGUCCGCUCAGACCUCGUCGGAUUCCUUCUCCUUCCUGCCGUCGUCCGCCUCGUCCACGUUCCCCGAAUGCGGCCUCUCGUGCAACGCCCUGCUGCAAGCCCAAACGGUGUGUGUGCCGCCGCAGGCCGCCGUCACCAACGACCAGACCUACAUCAGCUGUUUCUGCCAGUCGUCCUACCUGACCAGUCUCACUUCGUCUGGCGCCGUAUGCUCCUCGUGCAGCGCUGCCGACCAGCAGUUGCUGGUGAAUUGGUACAAUGGCUAUUGCGCCGGCGGAUACACGUCGACCCUGACUGCAACCGCCACUACGACCUCGAGCACCAACACCGCAACUGAUACUGCUGCGGCUACGACUACGACCGGCACAGCUGCCGCGGCUUCGACUUCAUCGGCGUCCAGCUCGUCGAAAUCGAGCGGUUCGCCGGGCUGGUUCUCCACCCACUGGAGAUGGGUUGUCAUGCUCAUCGUCCUGGCCGUCGCGUUCACUGCCCUCGGCGUCUUUGGAACAUGGUACAAGAAGCGUCACGACGCCAGGCGACCCGGCCUCUAUCACGGCGACGACCGCCGCAAUAUCACUGCUUCGGGGGGUCAUCCAGGAGUCGAUCCAGGUGCGGCCGGCUUCUUCUCGGGCAGUCUGCGAAACCUGUCCAAAGCCAAAGCCAACAGCAUCAACAACCCUUCAACAACAAACAGCAGCAGCAACAAUAUCGCCCUUGGCUUCAAGUCCGCUGCUGCUGCUACCACCAUCACCAAAUCGAAACGGCAGCCAAGCAUGUCCAUGAUACGCUCGAGCAUUGUAAAUAAUAACGACAACAAAAACAACAAUAAUUAUAAUAACAACAACAACAACAACAACCAAAUGUGGGGCCCCCAGCAAGCCACCGCUCACACUCGCGAGUUUAACGAUAUCACCCCCGUCGACGGCACGGCAUUCAGGAAUUCUAUGGCUGCCGCUGCUGCUGCAGCCGCAGCAGACAAAAGCGGCACAAUGACCACUACCACUACCACCGCAGCAACAAACAACGGAUCCCGCACAGACAUAUCAAGCAUAGGAACCGGUGGUGGAAGUGGAAGUGGAAGUGGAAGUGUCGCUGCAGGCAGAGCACCAACCCCACGAAGUAACACCAACCCGAACCGCCUCAGCAAAUUGAGCGUUCAGUCGUCAUCCACCCUGCAACGCCAAACAUCCUCUAAUACCUUGCAGCGCGGACCGACUGCGCGAUCCAAUGAUCUUAGCCCUGUCAGUCCGAUCAAUGAUGAUGAAUGA